AUGGGCUCCGUUCUUCUCAACCUGCCGUCGAACCAGAUCGACCGCCAUUACACGAUGCUGGGAGGUGCGCUGAACUCGGACUCGGUCUACUCGCGCACUCAGUCGGCCCAGUCAGCCCCGGUGGACGUCCACUCCAGAUCGAGAUCCUCCUCCGUCAACAGCACCCCCACCUCGACCACCGCCCCGCCUGCUGGCUCGGGCUCUACUCGGCUUCCCGCUUUGCCAAACGAUGUCCUCCCCGCCUACAUCAAUUCUCAGACUCCUUCCUUACCCUCCUCGAGAUCGACUCCCUCCAAUACUCCCUCUCACCGUCCCCCGCCAUCGAUGACCUCACACUCCCACUAUGGCAUUCCGCCCGACCAUCCCUCCCACUCCAACUCGCACACUCCUCAGUAUCCUCACCACCAACAGAUGGGCCACCACCACCAUGCUGCGACUGCCGAUUCCAUAACUUCUGCUCCAAACCCUCAUCCUCAAGCCUCCCCCGAUUCUCCGCGAUUACAACCCACCUUCCGAUCCAUGCAAUCACUAGGUGGUUCCGAAGCAAACUCUCCCAGUCGCAUCCGGGUCCGCAGCUUGUCUCACAUCCAGAGUCUGGCCAGUGAAGAAUUCCUGCACCAGUCACAUCGAUCCCACCUCCAUGGCCAUGGAUCCCAACCCCGGCAGUUUGAGAUUAGCUCGAUGCCCGUCACGGAUAUCAUUGAGAUGGUCGCGGGUCUCCUAACCAAGAUCACCACUACCAACGACAUGCACCAUGAACAUGUUCAUCGCCACAUCCCUCCUCCGGACGGAACCAACAACCUCAGCCCACAGGCCACUAGUGUCCUUGCUUUUCACGGUAAGAACGUGCCAAGCAUCACCAUCCUGAGCUACCUUACUCGCAUCCAUAAAUACUGUCCAACCACAUACGAGGUAUUCCUCAGCUUGCUGGUCUACUUUGACCGCAUGACGGAGCUGGUCAACCGAGACCAACUGGGCCACGGACAACAUCGUUAUACCUCCACUCCCGGUGACCUAUCCAGCUCGACAUCUACCGAGUCACUCAGGACAGAUUCACGGCAUCGGGAUCAGGAUUCUUCCAUGGUAACGCCACCAUCGUCGACGCGCAUGACGGGCCAGGACCCGAGUCCCAACUCCACCAUCUCACCAGCCCUGUACCCUCAGGGUGAAGAUGACAACCUCUCCCACUUCUUUGUCGUUGAUAGUUUUAAUAUCCAUCGAUUGGUCAUCGCGGGCGUGACCUGUGCGAGCAAAUUCUUCUCCGAUGUCUUUUACACCAAUUCACGAUAUGCAAAGGUUGGCGGCCUUCCUUUGGUGGAACUGAACCAUCUCGAGCUUCAGUUCCUCAUGCUCAAUGACUUCCGACUCGCCAUUCCAGUAGAGGAACUAGAGUCCUACGGAACCAUGCUGGUUGAGUUCUACGCACGUGAAAUUGUUGCCCAGCAGCAACAGAAACAGCAAUCCAUACCACGAGCCAUCAAUCCCGCAUCGGAUUCUGCCGCCGAUGCCAUGUACAUGCGAUCCCGCGACAAGCGCCGGGACCAACCGGACUUCGGUCAGACUCCGACUCCACCUUGA